UGAACGGUAGUUCGACAAGACUCGGUGCCUUUUGACGAACCGAAGUAUAUACGGCCAGUACCGAGUUGUUAAAACUCAGCGUUGCAGUGUUGUGUCGGCCUUAUUGCGAGAGUUUGAUGACGUUUUCUUCAGUGGUCCACAUGCCGGUUUUUGCUGGUGCAUUUUCUUGUGUGCUAGCUUAACUAGCUAGCCGGGGCUGUUGUUGUCAGUUGUAACCUAGCAGCCAAAGCACUACAGCAUGGACACCUUUGGGUGGAUGUUUACUGUCAUUUUAACUUAUUUCUAACCUACAUUUGGAAUCUAUCAUAUCUAACUUAUCCUACCGAGUGAAGUUAAAUGAUAACAGACUUGUGUUUUUUACUUAAACCUGUAAAUCCCAGCCUUUAACUAGCUAAUUCGGAAAAGAGGUGCAACGUUGCAUUUUGUUUUCUGGCAGUUGGUGGUGUACUUAAACGUCGUUACGAAAUGUCCAUGAAGUAAAACUAAUCUGAGGAAUACAACAACGUUAAGCCUUUGCUUCCUGGCCACAAAGAGCUAGUUAUGACUUAUCUCCGCGCAGUUUACUCAGUCCUAGCUUAGCUGAAGUUUCACCCAGUAUUUAUAUACUGCUUCCAAGAUGUCUGUUGCUCUAGAUUGGGACAGAGCGUCCAGAAUUGACCCUGACGCCAUCAUUCACCAUCAAAAAAAAGAACUGGAUGAUGUCUUCAACAUGAUCCUUUCGGCAGAUGUUUGGGGGGUGAAGGAUAAAGCUCCGGAUGACAUUAUUCACAUCCUCAGAGUGUCUCAGGCCUUGUUGAAGAUUAAUAAUCAAGAACUUGAUGGCGCUCUGGACUUACUCAAGGAAAGCGAGAUGCGGCAUAGUAAAACUGAAAAAGAACUACGUGCAAAGUUGGCGAGACUGGAACAAGAUCACAAGCAGCCCGGCACUGGGCCAGACACUCGCUUUCUUAGAGAUGAGAUCCGGCAGCUCGAGAACCUGCUGGAGCAAAGGGAGAAUGAACUGACCCAGUUAAAGAAAGAAAUGGGCAAGGAAAAGAAAACCAACAAGGAGUUAGUUGUACAAGCAGAGGAGGCUGAGGAUGAGGUGAAGAAGCUGAAAAGAGAGAAUGAGCAGCUCCAGCAGGAUGUGGACUUCUAUCGUGGAGAGCUGGAACAGAAAGAGCCAGUACCAUCCAGAGAUGAGAAUGCUGAGGCUCAGAGGAAGCUCACCUCGGCCAAUCGCCAGCUUCACCAGUACUUGGACGACCUUCAGCAAGCAGAAGAGGAAAACCUCCACUUGAAGACACAGAAUGAGCAGAUGCAGAAAAGUCUGGAGGAGUCUGUGAAGGAGAUGGAAAAGAUGACAGAUGAGUACAACAAGAUGAAGAUUGUUGUGCAGCAGACUGACUCCAUUAUGGACCAGCUCAGGAAGGAGAGGGAUCAUGCAAAGCUUCAAGUCAGAGAGUUAACAGACAAGAUUCAUAGCAUGACUGAGGAGAAUGACCCUAUUAUGGCAGCAGUCAAUGCCAAAGUGGAGGAGUGGAAGAGAGUGCUCUCUGGGAAGGAUGAUGAAAUUUUGGUAUACCAGCAGAUGAUACGUGACCUGAGGGAAAAGCUGCGUUCAGCCCAGCUGGACUUGGACAAGAGCAACAUUAUUGCCUUACAGCAGGCCGUCCAAGAGAGGGAUAAUCAGAUCAAGAUGCUGAGUGAGCAGGUGGAGCAGUAUACGGGGGAAAUGGAGAAACACACCCUGCUUAUUGAGGAGCUGAAGACCUCCACAACCAAAGAGAGAGGCCUUCCGUCGACCAUACAGCAGAAGAAGAUGGAGGAGCUGAAGUCAAAGCUGGAAGCUGCGGAGACCAGAGCAAUGGAAGCAGAGCAGAUUGUAAAAUUAGCAGAAGCUCAUGCUGAGGAAAAAGACAAAGCACUUAUUGAGGCUUCAAACCGCUUGAGCCAGUAUGAGUCUGGUGUUUAUGGCCUGGAAGCAGCCAUUGUGGAUAUCAAAGAAUGUAAAAAUCAGAUCAGAGUUAGAGAUCGAGAGGCAGAGGCCAUGACCAAAGACAUCAACCAGCUUGAGAUGAGAAUCAAUGAUCUCAUGGAUGAAAAUGAGGAUUUCCGAGAAAAACUAGGUCUGGAACCAAAGCAGGAAGUGGAUCUGACAGAGUUCAGGCGUGGCAGAGAGCUCAGGCAGCGCCAAUACAAAGCAGAAAACCAAGUCCUCACCAAAGAGAUUGAACGACUUGAAGAAGAGAGAUUGGAGCUAAAGAAACAUAUUCGUCAGAUGGUAAAGGAAAGAGCUGUGCCUGCAGGGGUCCCAGAGUUACGCUUGCUGCUCGAGGAGGAUGUCAGGCCCAGCAGAGCAGCACAGCAGCCACUCAAACAGAGUGGCACUUACACAGAUGAAGAGAUCAAACGCAAGAAUGAGUAUCUUGAAAAAGAACUGAGCAAAAAGGAGAGAGAGCUGGAACUUCACAAGGCCCAGUUCCAAAUCAAAUUGGAAGAACUGUCGAGGGUGAAAAGAGAUUUGGAAGCUACGCUGAAAGAUGUCCUUCAAGCUAUGAGGAUGAACCAAGAAACCACUUCAUGUGACAAUGCUAUUGCUAUUCCUAGUCUGGAAAGGCUGGCUGAUGCGAUAGAUGUCAAUAACAAGAGUGGGCCUGAGUCAGCGCCACAGCUCAAGUCCCAAAUACAUCAGCUGGUGGGCAGAAAUGAAGAACUGAGGCAGGAACUGAAAUUGGCCCGUGAAGAGGCGACCAGCAGCUUCAGUCAGCUUGCUCGAGCCAAAGAAAAGGUGAGCCAACUUGAAAGUGAACUGGAAUUGUUCAGGAAGUCAGGCAGCAGUGGAGUUGUCCUCCGACAUCUGACCCUCCCUGAGGGCCUAGAGCCCAGCAGCGCUGAGGUCAUCAGUUCCCUGAAUGAGUACGCUGUUCGACUUCUUCAGGAGAUGACAAACAAAGAUGAAAAAACCAAGAAACUUAUGCAAACGCUGGAGGAAUAUAAGGAGAGGUUUGCUGUUAUCAGCCAUCAGCAGGGCCUCCUCUAUAAGGAAUAUCUAAGUGAGAAGGCAGAGUGGCAAAAGGAAAAAGAGACAUUUACAGUGAUGAAGAACAAGCUGGAGGAGCAAAAGCAGGUGGAUGAUGUUAAAAUCCAAGAAUUUCAUGAGCUACUAGACACCCUUCAGAAAGACCCAGAAGAAAUCAAGAGACAGCUGAGCGAAGCAUUUCGCAAGCUGACAGUGCUGAAGGUUAAUGAGAAGAAACUGACCCGUCGUUGCACUACCCUGCUGGAGCAAGAGCAGCACCUUCACAAGGAGAACAACAAGCUGAGGGACGACAGCAUCCACAUGCAAACGUCUGUCACCCAGAGGAUCGGAUACCUGCAGAGAUACAAGGAAAUGGCUGCAUAUAAGAUAGCAGCCCUGCAGAAAGCCUUGGAUGAUAGCGUUCCCUCAGCAGACCUGGAGAGGGCUAACAAGCAGUACACAGAACUAACUGUCAAAUACAGAGACAUGCUGCAGAGGGACGGCCGCCUUGUACAGAGAACCACCAACCUUGAGCAUUUAGAGAGUGAGAACGAGUCUCUGCGAGAACAAAUCUCUGUCAUGAAAAAAGAACUGGAGAUCACAAAGGAGAAACUUAAUACAUUAGAGCAAGCGUGGGAGAACAUCAAUUUAACAGGAGGGCAAAAUGGGAUGGAUAAGGCAGACAAGGUGUCAGUCAACAAUGAGACAGUAUCUGCUGCGAGAAGAAUCACCACUUUAGAGAUGAAGGAGUUGAAUGAGAGGCAGAGAGCUGAACAUGCCCUCAGAAUAUAUGAACACACGAGAAACUCCCUCAGGCAAGUGGAAGAGCGCAACUUAGAACUGGAGUCCAAGUUUGCAGAGUUGACCAAGAUGAAUGUAGAGGCUCAAAGGGUCGAGCGGGAGCUGAGAGAUGAGCUAGCCGACAGCAUCAGCAAGGCUGUGAGUGACGCUGACAGAGCCAAGAUUGCAGAGUUGGAGAAGUCAGAGGCUGAACUUCGCAUCGAAGUUUCCAAGCUUCAGGAGGUGUCUGAUGUAGCCAUGACACAGGUAUCUGCCCUACAGGCCAGGCAGAAGUCCAAAGAAAAAGAAGUAGAAGCUUUGAGGAGACAAAUACUCGACUACCAGUCACAGUCAGAUGAGAAGGCCCUUAUUGCGAAGCUCCACCAGCACAUUGUGACUCUGCAGCUAAGUGAGUCAGCUGCUCUGGGAAAACUGGAGGCUGUGACCUCUCGUAUCCAGCAGCUGGAGGCCUGCAAGCUGCGUGCUGACCAGAAGCUGGAUGCCAGUGAGCGCACUCUCUUCCUUGCCCGCCAGGAGGGCAGAAGCCGCUCCAAGCACCUACGGCAGACCAUCCAGUCGCUGCGUAGGCAGUUCGCUGGAGCACUGCCACUUCAGCAGCAAGAGAAGUUCUCUGUAAUGAUGGUGAGCCUUCAGGAGGACAGAGCGAAAUCCCAGGAGGAGAAGAGAAAGGCCGAGGAAGAGAGGAGGAGGGUGGAGGGAAGGGCUGAGGAGCUCGAACUGAAGCUUCGAGGGAUGGAAGAGCUCAUCUCAACACUGAAGGAUGUGAAAGGCGCUCAGAAGGUUACUGAGUGGCACAAGAAGAUGGAAGAAACUCGCCUGCAUGAGCUAAGAAAAGGCAGGGAGCUAGUGGUCCAGAGGGAGGAAAUCAGGUACCUAAAGAACCUUGUGGAGGAGCAGGAGCGAGCCAUCCACACACUGGAAGAGGACAUUGUGCAGCAAAACACUCUUCAAGAAGAACGCCAGCUAGCAUGGGAUCAGCGAGAGGUGGAGUUGGAGCGUCAGCUGGACCACUACGAGAAACACCAAAAUGAAAUUUUGAAUGGUGCAGAAAAGUUUGAGGAAGGUACAGGAGCCCUACCAGACCCAACCCUACCGCUUGCUCAUCAGCUAGAGUUUGCUUUGGGUAAAAUCAGAGAGCAUGUCCACACCAUCUUGGACACACAGGCCACCUGUAAAAGUCUGGACAAGAGACUGAAAGAAAAAGAAGAAGCUCUCUGGAAGGCCGAACAGAAUAUUGUGUCCAGGGAUAAAGUGAUCAAUGAGCUGCGUCUUCGGCUCCCAGCUGCCGCUAACAGGGAACGCCUGCUAGCGGACCUGACGAAGCAUGAAGAGAGCCAGUCAGGUAGUCAGUCUGCCCUCAGACUGACUCACCAGACCAUCAAGGACCUUCAGGGUCGACUUGACAAAAAAGAGGAUGUGCUGAAGAAAUACCAGAACCAGCUGGCUCAAGCAAGACAGAAUCAAGAGGAGAUGAUAAAGAGACAUCAGGAGGAGUUGAAAACGCUGCAUGAGAAGUUGGACCUGCACACAGAUACCUCCCUGGACCGCUUCAAACACACAGCAAUGGAAUUGAUGAAGAAGUCCACUAUCAGCGUGCCAACCUCCAAGCACCUGAAGCGUCUGGCUGAGUUAGAACAGACAGUGGCCGAGCAGGACAUUUCACUGUGCUCCAUCACAGAGAAGCUGAAGCUGACCACUGCUGAGCUGGAUCGACAGAGGACCGCCAUGGAAACACAGGCUACAAAACAUGCAGACGAGAUAUCAAAGCUGGAGGAGAAUCACGUUGGCAAGUUGACCGCUCUGACUGGUGAGAAUGAGAAUCAGAGGAGCCAGAUGGCACAGAUGGAGAAGGAGAUGAACUACCUCCGGACUGAGCUGGAAGUCCAGAAGGAGGCCAACAUCCGCUCCCCCAGCAACACCAUGAAAAACCUAGUGGAGCGACUGAAAGCACAGCUCACCCAGAAAGAGAAACAGCUCAAGUCUCUUAGUAAAGCUCUACUGGAGCUGAGGGCAGAACUGACAUCUGCCGCAGAGCAGCAAGUCAUAGUAAGUGCUGCACAAAAAGAGGAGAACCUCAAUGUACAGAUGCUGGUUGACAGACACACCAAAGACCUGAAGACACGAGUGCAAGAACUUAAUGAGGAACUUCAAGCUGCAAAGGAGUCAGCCAAAGCAGCCCGAGUCCGGGAAAGUACGCUGAAAGAAGAAAUGGACGGAUUGAACCAAGAUAUCCAGAGGUGUCAGAAAACCCAGAGACGCCUGCAGGCUGAAAAGGAGGAGCGAGAGCAAGAAAUCCAGGAGCUCAAGCAGCAAAUCAAGAGGCUUGCCAACGCCCUUCAGAAUCAGCCAGAACCAGAUGGGAGAGGGCCGGCCAUUGAGAAUCUGCAGAAGAAGAUCAGGAGGCUGGAGUCUGACUUGGAGAAAAGAGCAGAAAUAAAAAAUGUCAAAGAUGAUCACGGAAAGACUAAAGAAGAAAUAGUGCGGUGGGAGGAGGGCAAGAAAUGGCAAGCCAGGAUGGAGAAGUUGAAGAGUUCACUAAAGGAAAAGGAACGAGAGAAUGAAUCGAUGUCCAAACAAUACAGCACUCUUAAAGACCUCUAUGCCAGACUGGAACUAGAGAAGAGUACACUGCAGAAAAAGCUUAAGGCUCGAGGUGUGACUGCUGAUCAGGUGGUGGGAGUGCGAUCCACUGAAAUGGAAAAGGAGGUGGAGGAACUGAAGAAGAAGAACUCUGAACUGGAGAAAGAAAUUCUCACCAUAAGACAGCACCAGGCUUUACCUCGUGACGACGCAAUGGACAAUCUAAUGCUGAGGAACCACUUCCUCGAGGAGAGACUCCACUCCUUAGAGAGUCAGAUACCCAAAGAUCCUCCAUCAAGACCCUCAACUUCAGGAAGAGGUACUGGCACUCCAUCACAGAGAGACCAGGAUGCUCAAAAAGAAAACCUCAAGCUGGCCUCUGAGAACCUGGAGCUGCGCUUUCAGCUGGAGCAGACCAAUAAGGACUUACCAAGGCUCAAGAAUCAAGUUGCAGACCUUAAGGAGAUGUGCAGUGCUCUGAAAAAGGAAAAGGCAGAGAUAGAGAAGCAGCUGGCUCACACACGUGGAGCUGGUCACAGUGGUAAAACUGUACCAGAGCUUGAGAAGACCAUUGGGUUGAUGAAGAAGGUGGUGGAGAGGGUGCAGAGGGAAAACGAAUCGCUCAAGAAAUCCAGUGCACCUGCAAAGCAGGACAAGAUUGCUGCUUUGGAGCAAGAAAAUGAAAAGCUAAAGGCUGAGUUUGAGACCUUGAAAAGUCAAAGCGCAGCUGAGCUGAGUUCAAAACUUGAAGCUAAAAUCAAAGGACUGGAGAAAAUAGUGAUGGAAAAUGAACGUUUGCGCAAGGAGAUUAAAAGGGAAAUGGAUUCUGCUGAGAGGCUGAGAGUGACCAAGACAAAUCUGGAAGCAAACAACGAGAAGCUUGAGGCAGAACUGGAAGAAACCAAACAAAGACUGCAGGCAGCUCUAUCCAGACCCAUCCCAGAGGGAGCAGAUAGUAAGACCUGGAAAGCAUCUGUGGUAACCAGAAUGUUUGAGAACAAGAUGAAGGAGCUAGAGAGGGAGCUCUCACAGAAAACCUCCAGCCUCUCUGAACUCAAACAGCAGCUGAAGGAGGUGCAAGAGCGUGAGAAGAAGGCUCAGACAAGCAUCUGGCAGCUUGAAGAUCAGGUUGACAUGUUAAAAAGGUUCCCUGCUGCCUCAAAGACUGAUGCAGGACUCACCAAGGAGUUCCAGGACAUGAGGCUGGUCAACACCGAGCUGCAGAAGGAGAACGCAGAACUGAGACAAAGGAUGAGCGAGUACACUGAGCGGUACGGUGAAACCUCUUCCAAACUAGAUUAUGGGAAACUCAAAAACCUUCUGCAGGCAGCGGAAACUGAGAAAAGUAAACUUCAAACUGAGGUCAAAAAGCUGAAAAAGGAACUGGAGAACUUUGACCCAGCAUUUUUUGAAGAGAUUGAGGACUUGAAAUAUAACUACAAUUUAGAGGUGAAGAAGAACAUCCUGCUGGAGGAGCAGCUGAAGAAGGUGUGUGAUCAGUUUGGUGUUCAGGCCGAGUUGCCCAAUGUGUCCAUCAGUUAACUCAGGAUUACUGUGUCUUUGAUUGGAGCUACAUCCAAAUGGACUUUUAGGGUUGCCAGUUUUUAAAUUUAGAAUAUUUAAGUCAAGCAUAUUUUCCUGCAGUUUGAAAACUAACAUCGCAUUCUUAAAAAAAAAAAAAAAAAAACUUUUCAAAGUAAAGGUUAGUUGUUUUCACUAAGGCAGCUGUUUGUGUGUUAAUAUGUUGAUAUUAAGUUCCUGUUUUGGUGAUGUAGCAUAUUUAUGAGUUCUCUGUUUUUGGCAAUAAAAUCAUUUUUUAUUCCUGCAUUUUAAA